UCAGCUGGAUUGAGGGGCUGGGGUUCUAGAGUCCUGGAAUAGGAGGACGGAAGUGGCUUCAGCAGGUGGUUCCUAGGCUCCGUGGGCCCGGCAGCGGCGGGAAUCCGAAGCCGACCCUCGUCAGAAGCUCCGCCUCUCUGGUAGUUCCGUAGACAGUCGCUGGCUGUGUUUCCUGGUUCUGAGUUGAGGGUUCAGAAAGAGGAGCCUUAGGAAGGCAGAGCAGAGUAGGCUGCCACGGGCUUUUCAGGACUCCAGAUUGAUGGUAUAUUCUGAAAGAUGACUUUAAGUGGAAGUGGCCCAGGUUUAGCAGAUAGUCAGCGAUGGAGUCAUGGUCAGGGAUUUUAACAGAAGAGUGGGGCUAAGAGUCAGGAUCUGUGAGGCUUUACAUUUAAAAACUAGCAGGAUAGACGGACCAUUGAUGAAGCGGGCAGGAGGCCGAUGCCCCGGUACACACCUUGACGUCCCUCAGGGUGCCAGAACAGGAUGUACACGCUGCUUUCGGGGUUAUACAAGUACAUGUUCCAGAAGGAUGAAUACUGCAUCCUGAUCCUGGGCCUGGACAAUGCUGGGAAGACGACCUUCCUGGAACAGUCAAAAACACGGUUUAACAAGAACUACAAGGGGAUGAGUCUAUCCAAAAUCACCACUACCGUGGGUCUAAACAUUGGCACUGUGGACGUGGGAAAGGCUCGUCUCAUGUUUUGGGACUUAGGUGGGCAGGAAGAGCUGCAGUCUUUGUGGGACAAGUACUAUGCAGAGUGCCAUGGUGUCAUCUAUGUCAUUGAUUCCACUGAUGAGGAGAGGCUCUCAGAAUCAAAAGAGGCAUUUGGGUGCAAGGCACCACCUCUCCUGCUUUCCUCAGAGAAGGUGGUUUCGAGUGAAGCACUGGACGGUGUUCCCAUCCUGGUGUUGGCCAACAAGCAGGAUGUGGAGACUUGCCUCUCCAUUCCUGACAUCAAGACUGCAUUCAGUGACUGUACCUGCAAGAUUGGCCGGCGAGAUUGUCUGACCCAAGCCUGCUCUGCUCUCACAGGCAAAGGAGUUCGAGAGGGCAUCGAAUGGAUGGUGAAGUGCGUCGUGCGGAAUGUUCACCGGCCACCACGGCAGAGGGAUAUCACAUAAGCACUCCAACCUCACAGUAUUGGACUGUUUGUCCCCUAGUGUUGAAGAGUAUUCUCUGCUGACUUCUGUCCUACUGACGCUGGCGGCUGAGCUGGCUUUGUCUGUUCGUUCUUUUAUUUGCUUUAUGUUUUCUCUAAGACAAAUUUUCUCUGUAUCUGGAAAAGUGUAGGUAUUCAGAGACAAACAUGGGGCAUGCUGAUGAUCCAGAUCUACAUGCCCUACACCUCCAUCCCCUGACCCAGAUUUAGAGCCCAACCUGACAGACAUGUCAAGGUCUAGAACCCUCUUAAUCUUGUGAGGAGGGGGAGGCAUGAGACCACGUCUAGGCCUACUAGCCCCCUUCAAAGUGGAAUUUUGAAGUCAUCCUACUUGAAGGGGGGGGGAGUGUUCCUGUGGCAGCUAGCUGCUUUGUCCAGCUUGCCCAUGGAGAAGGAAGGAAUGGCCAAGGCUUAUCUCACUUGGAGAAAGAGCCCACAUCCGAGAGGCCAGCAUGGCCUCUAGUUGUUUCAUGUGGGAAAGACAGGAUUUCUCUGUAGCUCCAGUUAACUUGAAACUCUCUGCCUCCUUCUCUGCAUCUGUGGGAAUUACAGGUGUGAGGCAUCACACCAAGUGUUCUAGGUUCUGAUACACUCUCAGAACAGGGUUCAGUAGACCUGCCUGGGAAGCCUAACUUCCCUUAUUAACUCAUUCUCAGUCUGCUUUUAUCUCCAAAGGAGUGUGCUGAUCUUGCUGGUGUGUAUUUCAGUACACCCAUACACAGGUAGUGAGGUAUCCUGAGGGCACAGACUUCACUGUAUCAAGUGGUAUUCUAGCUAGUGCAGGUGGGUAUCACAUGUUUUGAGUAAGGUGGGCUGGGUCCCUAUAGGAUCCAGGUCAGUGAAGUACUGGGUUUGCAUCUCCAGAUGUGUGUGAGAUGUAUGUUCCAUGUAAGGUGCAGGUUCCUGGGGAGGCAACAGCUAUGCUGAAGCUGACCAUGACCACUAGACCUACUGGGUUAAAAUGUUCACCGUGUGAUCAGGACAAGGUUUAAAGUAAAUGCUGCCUACAUGGCUCUGGUCUAACCAUCCCUUCAAGCAGUUAGAUAUGGUGGUUCCCUACUGUCUGGGCUGGCAGUUAUAGCCAGAACUUGAUAUUCUGGAAUACCUUCUGAGUAGGAUUCCCCUCAGGGAGGUUUGGAGCUGUGGCUAAGCCACCCGUUCAAGAACAACCUAGUGGUUCCUUGUCCAAGGUCAGAUCAACCUCCCCACGGGAGCCUGGGAAGGGUGAUGGAGAAGUUACAAAUCAGGAGGGGAUAGAUACUCUGAUUCAAGGAACUGUCCCACCCAUAGGUAUCUUUGCAGCUGCAUUGAGUCAUUCCUAGAGGACCCUCCUGGGAAUUAAGAAUAGGUUGCUUGUAAAAUGCUCAAGCUGAGGUGAAGUCCUCUAGCAGAGGGUACUAGACAUCACUAGUGUCUUUCUGGCCAUCUUUACUCAAUUUUGUCACUGCAAAAUAGGGGCUCCGUGGAGUGACACUUGGGACACCUUAUGGUGGACGGGGAACAGAUGUGCCUUCCUAUGGAUGGUGGUCAUCCUAGUGUUGUGGAGCUUGCUGGCUUGGAACCAUAGUGGGAUGAAGCUUCCCACAACCUGAGAGCAAUUGUUUUGCUAAAAUGAUUAGUUUUACAAAAAGUAAAUAUGAAGAAGUCAAAGGUUGGGGUGACAUUGGUUGCACAUAUAGAAUAAAGUCCUGUGUGCAGUAAAGA